GAUGAAGACGUUAAACUUAUUAACUGAAAAGAAGUAUACUUUUGGUCCUUUUAAUUCACAAAAAUAUAAACCAAAAACAAAUAAAGAAAAGUUACGCACAGAAAAACGUGAAUUUUUAAAGGAAUUUUCGACGAAAUAUGGGUAUAAUGGUAAAAUAGAUCAAAUACGUGAAGAAGAAUAUCCACAAUUAAGAAACGCAAUUUAUCUUGAUCAUACAGGCACUACAACAUUCACUAAAAGUGCGUUAACAAAUUUUAAUAAUGAUCUAUUAAGUAAUCUUUACGGAAAUCCUCAUUCAAAUUCUGCUAGUUCUCAGGCGAGUUCUAUGCGAGUAGAAGGUGUACGUAGACGAAUCCUUAAAUAUUUUAAUGCUGAUGAAAAUGAUUAUAGUGUUAUCUUCACUCAAAAUGCUACGGCUGCUAUUAAACUAACCGGUGAGAUGUUUCCUUGGACGGGAAAGAGUACCUAUAAAUAUUUAAGAGAAUCUCAUAAUAGUAUUAAUGGAUUAAGAAGAUUUCUUGAAACAAUCAACCCGAAAAAUAUUCAAGGUGUAACUGAAAAUGAUGUAGAAGAAAUGAUAAAUAAUCCACCAGUUAAUGAUGAAUCUGAAGAUGAUGAAAUUACUUAUAAUCUUUUCGCUUAUCCAGCUCAAUGUAACUUCUCUGGAAUGAGAUUUCCUUUAGAUUGGAUUAGUAAAAUCAAGAAAUUGGAUACAAAAAAGUCAAAAAAUUUAGUUUUAUUAGAUGCGGCUGCUUACGUUCCAUCUGCACAACUUUCUUUAGCUGAUAAAGAAACUUCACCAGAUUUUAUUUGCCUUAGUUUUUAUAAAAUGUUCGGAUUUCCUACUGGAUUAGGAGCCUUAAUAAUAAAAUCAGAAUUAAAUCCUAUAUUAAGAAAAGGAUAUUUUGGUGGUGGUACUACUAAUUCAGUUGUUUAUGAUAAAACAUGGCAAGUAUUCUCUGAAGAUAUUGCAACACGAUACGAAGACGGGACCAUUAAUUUCUUAAAUAUUAUAGCAUUAGAUCAUGCAUUUGAUGCGUUUGAAAGGAUUUAUGGAAACAUUAAAAAUGUAUCAAAUCAUGUGACUAGCUUAAAUACAUACCUCAGUAGAAAUAUGAGAUCAUUACAUCAUUGGAAUGGAAAAAGUGUUUGUACGAUAAAUUCGGAUAGGGAUUUUUCAGAUAGUGAAAAGCAAGGUGGUAUAUUAAGUUUUAACGUAAAACGUUCAGAUGGUAGUUUUGUAGGAUAUGUUGAAUUGGAAAAAUUAGCAAAUACUUAUGGUAUUCAUAUUAGAUCUGGUGGUAAUUGUAAUCCUGGUAGUAUUUCAAGAUGGAAUAAUAUUACUGCUGAGGAAGUUAUACAGGAUAGUGAAGAGAGAAAAUGUAGUGAUGAUAAAGAUAUAUACAAAGGGAAAUUAUAUGGUGCAGCCCGUGUAUCAAUAGGUGCAAUGACCACUAUUGAGGAUGUUUUAAUCUGGCUAGAUUUUUUCAAAAGACAUUAUGUUGAAAUCAGGCCUGGAAAAACGGUUCAUAAUUUAAAUUCUACUAAAAUAACAAAAGAAACAAAUCCUUCUAAAUUCUUGAAGUAUAUGAAUAUUAGUAAAUCACGCGAAAAUUUGAGAACUUUCAAAGUAUUUAAAGUUCAGAGAUAUGAUAAUACUAGUGGUAAUGCUGUUUGAGAUCAUUGUACUUUCAUUUUUUUUUAAUAUAAUAUUCUAUUAAUUAUAUCAUUUAAUAUACUAAUGUAAUGUUUAAUCCUAAUAAUCUGAGGCGGGACCCUUUUAUUUUCAAUUGUAUCAUUUUGCAUACACUUAAUCUCAAUAAACUGAGGCAAUACCUUUUAAUUUGAAAAAAAAAGAA